AUGGCAGAAUCAACCACCCGUCGUCCACGAACCCGCGCUCCAAGGACUAGAGUCCGUAAACGCGAUCGUACAAUCAAAAACCUACCUGACGCCGAUAACAACGAUAACACCGAAGGCGGCGACGAAGGAGAAGACCAAAAUGGAGAGGGAAACGGAGAAGAAGAAGACUUCUCCAUCGGUGGAAAAGACACUACAAACGAAGGUCUUGCGAGGAGUUUAAAGCGAAAACGAGAAUCAAAGAAUGGUGUCGACAAUGAUAACGAUGUUACUAUGGAGGAUGCUGGAACUGCGAAGGAUGGUAAUAAUAACAAGAAAGACAAGAAGAAGGAGGGGGAAGAUGGAGAAAAGAAGGUCAAACAAGUCCAUAACGAAGCUUAUUCGAAUUUAUUAAAUACGGCAAAGAAUAAGAAGAGAAGGGAGAGGAGAAAGAAUGCUGCUGCUAAAGCUAGAGCCGGUACUGGUACUGGUGAUGCUGAAGAAGGUUCCGGCGAGGUUAAUACUGGUGGUGAUGGUGAUGGCGAUGGCGAUGGCGAUGGCGACGUCCCGAGUACAAAGCAGGAAGGAAGUGGAAGAAAGGACGGCAGGUUCAUUGUAUUCGUCGGAAACCUUCCAUACACAACCACCCAAGCAACCCUAACCGCCCACCUCUCCACCGUAAAACCCACGGCAGUGCGUAUAGCAACCUACAAACCCGGCGAAGCGCCCAAAGGCCGAGGCUUCAAAUCCAAAAAACCCACACCAUCAUCAUCAGAAGAAGGCUCAAAGGGAUCAGAAACAAUCUGUAAAGGCUACGCAUUCGUUGAAUUCCCCGAUGCAGGGAGGAUGAAGAGCUGUUUAAGUUUAUUCCAUCACUCGGAAUUCGAAGGGAGGAAGAUAAAUGUCGAACUUACGGCCGGUGGAGGUGGGAAGAGUAACGAUAGGAAGGAGAGGGUUAAAGCCAAAAACGAGAGUUUGAAUACUGAGAGGAAGAAGAGGUAUGAAGAGGAUAGGAAAAAGAGGGUCGAGAGGGGCGAGAAGGUUGAGGAAGAGAAAGUAGAGGAAGAGGUAGAAGAUGGUAUCCAUCCGAGUCGAAGAAAGAGGGUGAGGAGGUGA